AUGUCCAGCGAUGUUGAUCUCACCUUUGGCGUUGAACUCGAGUUCAUCGUCGUGUAUCACGAGCUCGCCUUUGAAACCUGCGCUCCGGACCGGGACGAGCGACUCGGUGACCCAUUCGUAUCCGCCAUACCGGCCAUCAUGUCUUGCAUGGAGCGUGCUGGUAUCGGUGCGAUGCUCAGCGAUGAUGAUUACGACGAGGAAGAUUAUCGCACGGCUUUGUCGCAGCCAUCAGGCAAGCGAUACCGGAAAUGGACUGUGAGCAGGGACAUUUGCGAACUGUCGAGAGGCGAGCGUGCACACUUGCCACCAGGCUAUUUGGAGGAGACCGUGGAGUUGUCCAGUCGUGUGUUUGCUUUCAAUGACGGUGACUCCCACCGGGAGCUGGCUAGCAUCCUGAACGUGCUGAACAAGAUGAAGGUCGAAUACGGCUGCGAGAUUUUCACUAACUCGACUACAGGUCAUCAUGUCCACAUUGGCCGCCGAGAUGGUGCCGAGCUGCCGCUGCAGCUCUGCAAAAGGAUCUUUCAGUUGGGGACGGCGCACGAGCGGAACAUCGAUGCGAUGCACAUGGCAAGUCGUGUGAUUGCUCCUGUUUCCGCAAAGCGGUUCACCAAUGACCUGCUGCCGCUCUACAUGCCACCCUCAGCUAUUCAUCGACACGCGACAUGCGACACCCCGGGUGCCAAUCUUUUCGAAUGGCUCGAGCGGAUUGAGCGCGUGGGGUCUCUUGAAGCGCUCAAAACCAUGUUCAUGGUGAGCUUGAAGAGGAGGACUGUCACAGGCCACUUUUCGGCAUACAACUUCGACAACCUGGGAGAAGGUAUCAAGAACACCGUCGAGUUCCGUCAGCAUGCUGGUACUCUGGAUCGGGUCGAGAUCUUUGCCUGGGUGUCCUUCGUGUGUCGCUUCGUUCAGUACUGCAGUCAAACCCCGGAUGUCCAGUUCGUGCACUUGUCAUGUCGGGCCACUGAUCUGGACUUCAAGCUAAUCGAUUUCCUCAUCGCUCUUGACGUUCACACUGACGUGCUCAUGCACUACAAUCGCGAUGGUGGUGAAGCUCUGCUGGGUAUCAUACCAUCGAGAUCCACAUAUCAGCUGGAUGCAUCCUUCAACGAUCUCAUUGCCCAGAAUGACCACGAACAAGAGCAAAACAUUGCUCCGGAGACAGUCGACGAUAUCAUCGCGCGGAAAAGUGCUCCAGGCGUGGGCACUGGUGUAAGCUUUCUGGGGCUGAUCCCCAGCGCUGGCGUGGUGCACUGCCACGAAUCUGAGCACAUUCGACAACUCCUGGAGAAGGCUUACCAGCGAGCGCAGCGAACAGAGCAUCUACCCGACGAGCAAAGUAACGCCACCAUCGGCUUUGAAGGGUACGCUCGCGCUCUCGUCUUCGAGAAGCUUUCAUCGAUCUAUGCUGAUCAAGAGUCGGGGGCUGAACGUGCUGUUCAACACCAUCUGGCAGACUGGCUGUGA